AUGACUUCUACAACGAGAGAUGUGUUGCAUAAACUCAACUUUAGCAUUGCAGAUGCUUCGCCAGAAUAUAUAGACCGUCGAAAGUUGCAGAUGGCCAAAUUUUUCACUUUUGCUGCAUUAUCAAUUUUUUCAACUAGAUUCAUCUACAAACAAACCAUUGCAAGACAGUAUGUACCCUUAUUGUUUCAGCAGAAUCAUCAACCACCCACUUCAUACAACUUCACAGCUGACGCUAUGGUUGCUGUUGGUGCAGGUACACUCGCGUGUGGCUCGAUAUCGGGAAUGUUGAUGUUUGGCACUGCAUGGAUCCUCGACGUGAGCAACUUGAAAGAAUUUGGCUAUAGGAUGAAAGCGUUGAUGGGAGGUGAUGUUAAAGAAAAAGAGUUGAGCGAAAUGAAAAUGGAUGAUGAAACACGAGCGUUACAAGAUGGUUUAAACGACUUGCUAGAGGGUAAGAUAUAA